CUUAGGAGCUGUUGUCGUUCGAAACGGAGCGGAUAGGUGGGACCGAAGACGGAGGAAAAUAAGUGCCAGUACCAGUGGGGAAGUAAUUCACGACACUGCAGCGAGACCAGCGAUUAAUUAGUUUAAACGUUUUUGAAAAGCUGAGCGCUACUUCUUUGUUGCUGUCUCAGGAACAAGUGUCACUAGCAACAGACGGUUCUGUUGCAUCAGUUUCACAGCAGGUGACCCCCACCCUUUCGCCAAAAUCCGGCUAUUAGAUGUGACCACGAGGUUGAUUAGGAGAAGCCACCAUGUCUUAAACACAGACGGGCCCUCUGGAGCCCUGUCCCCCCACCCUGGCCCACCCUCCCCCUCCCCCAUCCAUCACCUUACUCCUUCUCCCAGCCCUAUCCAACUGCCAGACCUCUCUGCACAUGCAAGAGAGAGGCUGCCCAGCCCUGGAUCCCCACUGGCACACCCCUCCCCUCCCUCCGGAGAGAUGAGCUUGCAGAAGCACCAGCAGCUGGGUCCUGGAAGUGGUGGGGUCAUGGGUUCUGACCGAGACCUACAGUCCACAGCUUCCUCCAUCUCUCUGCCCUCUGUAAAGAAGGCCCCGAAGAAGAGGCGCCUCUCCCUGGCCUCUCUUUUCAGACGGCGAGGACGGGAGUCCAAAUCAGGGCGCCAAAGGUCCCGAGAGCUUCAGCAUCCUGGACCUGGAGGGCUAGGAGGAAUUGAUGGCAUUGCCAGCAUUGAAAGCAUCCACUCUGAGAUGUGUAAUGACAAGAACUCUGCCUUCUUCUCUGUGGCUGGGACCGGAGCUGCCUCUGCUGCUACUGCUGCUGCUGCUGCUGCUUCCGCUUCCGCUUCCACCUCAUCUGCCUCAGGGCCUUCUUCCUCUACCUCCUCCUCCAAGGUGGGGGGUGUGGUAGGGUCAGAGCUACUGGAGUGCCCGCUGUGCCUUCUGCGCCACUCCAGGGAGAGCUUCCCUGACAUCAUGACUUGUCAUCACCGCUCCUGCAUUGAUUGCCUACGCCAGUACCUGCGCAUUGAGAUCUCAGAGUCACGUGUCAACAUCAGCUGCCCUGAGUGCUCAGAACGCUUCAACCCACACGACAUCCGCAUGAUCUUGGGGGAUCGGGUUCUCAUGGAGAAAUAUGAGGAGUUCAUGCUGAGGAGGUGGCUGGUGGCUGACCCAGACUGCCGCUGGUGCCCUGCACCAGACUGUGGGUAUGCAGUGAUAGCCUUUGGGUGUGCCAGCUGUCCAAAGAUCACGUGCGGAAGGGAGGGUUGCAGUACAGAGUUCUGUUACCACUGUAAACAGCUGUGGCAUCCCAACCAGACCUGUGAUGCAGCACGGCAGCAGAGAGCCCAGAGCCUCCGCCUGAGAACUGUGCGCUCGUCCUCCCUCAGCUACAGCCAAGAGAGUGGAGCUGCAGCUGAUGACAUCAAGCCAUGUCCACGCUGUGCUGCUUACAUCAUCAAGAUGAAUGAUGGUAGCUGUAACCACAUGACCUGUGCCGUCUGCGGUUGUGAGUUCUGCUGGCUGUGCAUGAAAGAGAUCUCAGACUUGCACUACCUGAGCCCGUCAGGCUGUACAUUCUGGGGGAAGAAGCCCUGGAGCAGGAAAAAGAAGAUUCUUUGGCAACUGGGAACACUCGUGGGUGCUCCUGUCGGCAUCGCACUGAUUGCUGGAAUAGCUAUCCCUGCCAUGAUUAUUGGCAUUCCUGUGUAUGUAGGAAGGAAGAUCCAUAACCGCUAUGAAGGCAAAGAUAUUUCCAACCACAAGAGAAACCUGGUGAUUGCUGGUGGAGUGACUCUCUCUGUUAUCGUGUCCCCAGUGGUGGCUGCAGUCACUGUCGGCAUUGGAGUUCCUAUCAUGCUUGCAUAUGUCUAUGGCGUGGUGCCCAUCUCUUUGUGCCGUAGUGGAGGUUGUGGUGUUUCAGCUGGGAAUGGAAAAGGAGUUCGCAUAGAAUUUGACGACGAAAAUGACAUGAAUGUUGGCAGCGGGGCAGCUGCCACUGACACUACGUCAGUGGCAGACACCAGGAACAAUCCCAGUAUAGGUGAAGGCAGUGUUGGGGGUCUUACAGGCAGCCUGAGUGCCAGUGGCAGCCACAUGGACCGUCUGGGGGCUAUCAGAGACAACCUGAGUGAGACAGCAUCAACCAUGGCCCUGGCUGGAGCCAGUAUCACCGGAAGUCUCUCUGGCAGUGCCAUGGUCAAUUAUCUAAACAGGCUGGAGGUGCAGGCUGAUGUACAGAAGGAGCGCUGCAGUCUGAGUGGUGAGUCUGGCACUGUCAGCCUGGGUACAAUCAGCGACAACGCUAGCACCAAAGCAAUGGCUGGAUCCAUUCUUAAUGCCUACAUGCCUCUUGACAGAGAUGGGAACAGUAUGGAGGUCCAAGUUGACAUUGAGUCCAAACCUGGCAAACUACGUCACCACAGUGGCAGCAGCAGCGUAGAUGACGGCAGCCAUGUUGGCCGCUGUGGCUGGACUUGUCCCUCCAAUGGCUACACCUCCUCAGAGGGCAAAGGUGCCUCAACUAAGUGGGCCAAAGAGGCAUCCUGUUCCUCCUCAAACAGCUCGGGGGGCAAAAAGAGCAAAGGCAAGCUGCGCAAGAAAGGCGGUGGAGGCACCAAGAUCAAUGAAACGCGUGAGGACAUGGAUGCUCAGCUGCUGGAGCAGCGCAGCACCAACUCCUCAGAGUUCGACUCUCCUUCACUGAGUGGCAGCCUGCCAUCUGUGGCCGACUCCCACUCCAGUCACUUCUCCGAGUUCAGCUGCUCUGAUCUGGAAAGCAUGAAGACGUCCUGUAGCCACGGCUCAGGUGGAGGCGACUACCACACACGCUUUGCCACCGUCAGCCCUUUACCUGAGGUGGAGAACGACCGCCUGGAGACCUGCCCCGCUACUUCAUCCUCCUCCCAGGGACAAGGAGCUGUCAUCACUCCCCACUCUCCCACCUCUACCACCUCAUCCCUGGGUCAUGGCGCAGAGCUCUCCCCUCUCUGCUUCAUCACAGAGGAGAAUGUCAACCUAGUGUGCCCCGCUGAAUUGGACUCUCACAGCAACACUGGAGAGCUGCUAAAAGAAACCAAUAACAACCACCCCCAACCACAACAACAAGCUCAAACCCAGCAGCAGCCCAAGAACUCCUGUAUACAGACCGAUAUAUAAAAUCUCAAUACCUUAAGUGCUGCACUGUUUUAUUUAACAUCCUUUCCUCUACUAAACUAACAAUCAUAGCUUACAGUUUAUCCUGCAUUUUCUGUUAUUCCCUUGUAAAGGGGUAAAGGGGAGAUGUGUUAUUUUUGGAUUUAUGUGUGUCCACAGACAGUCAAAAGGCUGGUGGAAGUAUUAAAAGGCUUCUAAAGUGCAGCCGUGCGAGAAACACUAAGAUUGUGAAUGCUGGGGUUUCUCCCGGUGCGACCCAUAGACUGCUGACACAUUUUUGACACUCACUUUCUUGCCACUUGUAACAGAAAACAGCCCACUGAUUUGGUUGCUGUCAUUUUGAUCUGUGUUGGUUAAAAUUAAACCACUGUGCCAGUUUUGCUCGUAUAUGAUUUUGGCUCUACAAUGUGGAUGCAACUUCAUGCAGGAAUCUUAAAUGUUUCAGCUUUCCAGAGGUGAACUCAAACAGGGACCAGGCAAUAUGAUUCACUAUUUCCUUGUUUUAUUUUUCCCAAAGUGUAUUAGUAACAGAGGAACCUUUGCGUUCUUGUCUGUAUUUAUUAUUAGAUGUUUUGUUUUAUUCCCCCCCUGGAUGUUUGUUUGAAAUGAACUCUCUAAAUGUAUAAUUUUGAGGCCUGGGCUCAAUAUCCUGAAUCAUUUUAGCACUAAAAUGGACUUGUAACACAACUGAGAUUCUCUUUAGAGGGAUCCAAACAUAGCUGUAGUCCCAUUGUGGAAGAUGCUGCUUGACAGCUCUUUAGCAGCUCGGUAACCACUGAGUUAGACCUGUGGCCUAAAACUCUUGAAGGUUGGUUUAUAGUGCUAAGAUGACUCAACCGGGUCCGGACCUUAUUUAGCUCUGUGGAAAGCUUGGGAUGAUACAUUUGGUGGGGAAAGGGUGGGUGAGGGUUGCUUUGAUUUGAGAAAAGGUCUCUGGAAGGCCAUGGUUGUCGAGAUAAUGCUGAAAGUCAGUAUAAUACAUUAACCAAUGGGUUGGUCAAUUCUGUGAAAUUGUACAAAGAAAAUGUUUUUGUCCUGUUCAAAGGUGAUUUAUUCAGUCUGAUGGUUUCGUCUCACUGAGUAAGAGAGAGCUUUGAUAUCUUUUGUUGUUAACUCAUGGUGCCUUCAAGAAGCUGUUUGUGUUCAGUUUGUCUCUCUCCAAUGUGUCUUCUAGAUUCCAAACAACGACUCAUUAUAGAUUGCAGAAUGUCUGUCUGUGUUGGAGGGGUGCUCAUUCACAUGCAGAACAUACUGUGGUAGACAUGGUAAAUGAAGACUUUUCAAUUGCCUACCAAAGACAGCACUCAGGCUCUUGUUAAAUCUUAUACCUUUGACUAGUCAGCUGUAGACACAGUAUUGUGCAUCCUUUUUACACCAUGGGUAUAAAUGAAAACUAGACCCAGGAUUAUACAGACGUACAGACUGCUGUUUCCUACAUGCUUCACAAAUGCUACGCAAAUAACUGAGGCUGCACAACAGCCCAAGGCACCUGCACUGUUACCUGUAUUUCUUAUUACAUUGAUGUUCUGCAAUGCAAGGUUAAUAGGGAUACAUAUAAUAGGGGUUACCUUCCCUAUUGAUUCGUCCUGUGAUUCCCGUUUGUGUUGCCAAUCGGUGCUGCUGAGCAGACUUGAAGUCAAAUUCUUCUUUUAUUUAGAGUGUUUGCUUAAGCCUGUGUUUACUGCUCUGUGGUCCGCUUUAAUGAGACCACUGAGUUGGCUCAGGUGAACCUCUACCAGGAAUGGUAUUUUGACCCAGGUCUGUUACUGAAUGAACACUUAAUUAGGUUCUAUGGAUUAGGCUUCAUGCUGCAGUCCUCCCUGCAUUAAAGCAAAACAUCGUUUUGUUCUUCUUCCUCGGUUCUGUUUCUCAUUCUUAACCAAAACUCCAGUUUCUUGAUCCUAAUUUGAACACUAGUGCCAGAUAUAAUUUGUAAUUUGUGCAGAACAGCAUAAGGUAUUUGUAUAUUGUUUGGUAAUUUGCUUUACUAUAUGCGUGUAAAUGCAUAUCAAAAAAUAAAAAAAAUAUGAACUGUU